AUGCCGGGCCACUCAUCCUGCGGAAGUGGAAACGGAACGGAUGUUAAAAAAUUGAAACGGCCAUGCCGGAAUACCUUCGGCUUUCGAAACGUACGCCUGCGGAAAUACAUAGAUUCGUACGUAUCUAGAACUGUGGAAUGUUUGCGUUUACGUUCCGGCGGGUUCCGGGAGCCAGACCAUGAUGUUCUACGAAAGCCCAGGUCGGCCGUAAUUUUGCGCCUCACGUCGCCCCAUGAGUCACCUGGUGGGGAUAACAGUUGCCACAUGGCGGAAGAACCGAAGUCGUUACGACUUCUUGGAAGUCCCAUUGAAAGCAAACAGAGAUGUUUGGGGAGCCAUUUUUUUGCGCAGGCGGACAUCUUCUCAGGCGCCAUCUUCAUCCAGAUGGCAAUGGGCCUCAACAUCUACGCCGCCAUUGUCAUUUUGCUUGCCAUCACCGCCGUUUACACCAUCACCGGCGGAUUGGCAGCGGUCAUCUACACCGACACGCUCCAAACGCUGAUCAUGCUGGUCGGCUCCAUCAUCCUCGCCAUCUUUGCAUUCAACGAAGUCGGCGGCUACGAUGAAUUCAUGGACCGCUACCUGAGCGCCAUCCCCUUGGACAUCGGCCUGGCGAAUGUUUCGGAGGCGUGCUACACGCCGCGCCCGGAUGCGUUCAGCAUCUUCCGCGAUCCGGUCAGCGGCGACCUUCCGUGGCCGGGGCUCGUUUUUGGCCUCAGCAUCCUCGCCUUGUGGUACUGGUGCACCGACCAGGUCAUCGUCCAGCGCUGCCUCUCUGCGAAGAACAUGUCGCACGUAAAAGCGGGUUGCGUCCUUUGCGGAUACAUGAAGCUCCUCCCCAUGUUUCUGAUGGUCAUGCCGGGGAUGAUCAGCCGCAUCUUAUACACCGAGGAAGUGGCGUGCAUCAACCCGGAAAAGUGCUCUGAGAUUUGUGGGACGGAGGUUGGAUGUUCGAACAUCGCAUAUCCGCUGCUCGUCGUCCGCCUGAUGCCCAACGGUCUGCGCGGCCUGAUGCUGUCGGUGAUGCUGGCGUCACUGAUGAGCUCGCUGACCUCCAUCUUUAACAGCGCUAGCACACUUUUCACGAUGGACAUCUACACGAAGAUGCGGAGGAGCGCCAAGGAGAGGGAGCUGAUGAUCGUCGGGAGGUUGUUCAUCCUGAUCCUGAUCGCGGUCAGUAUCGCCUGGGUCCCUGUAGUCCAGUCGGCGCAAAGCGGUCAGCUCUUCGACUACAUCCAGUCCAUCACCAGUUACCUCGGACCACCAAUCGCCGCAGUCUUCUUCCUCGCCAUCUUCUGCAAAAGAGUCAAUGAACAGGGUGCAUUCUGGGGGCUGGUCAUCGGAUUGGUCAUCGGUCUGGCGCGUAUGAUCACGGAAUUUGCGUAUGGCACGGGAAGCUGCGCCGCACCGAGCGCCUGCCCCGCCAUCGUCUGUGGCGUCCACUACCUCUACUUCGCCAUGAUCCUCUUCGCCAUCUCUCUGGUCAUCAUUCUGGCCGUUUCCCUGAUGACCAAACCCAUCGAUGAUGUCCACCUUUUCCGUCUCUGCUGGACGCUGCGCAACCGAACGGAGGAGCGCAUAGACCUGGAUGCAGAGGAAAUGGCGGCGCAGGAAGAGACUGUCUACGAAAACGAUUCACUCCCCAGCGAAGCGGCCGGAUGUGUCCAGAAGUCCUGCAACUGGUUCUGUGGCCUUGACCAGAGUGGCCCAAAACUGACCAAAGCGGAGCAGGAGGCUGCGCGGCGCAAACUGACCGAUACGUCCGAAGACCCUUUUUGGCGCCGAGUGGUCAACACCAACGGCAUCCUCCUUCUGGCCGUCGCCAUCUUCUGCCACGGUUUCUUCGCGUAGAAGACACGCGACGCCAUUGUUUCCUGCGACACUCCCUAUAUAUAUAUA